AUGGCAGUUAUAAAGCAAGAGACCACCUCGGAGAAGCUUAGAGGCGAAAGAAAUGGCUCUGAUACGUUUCUGAAAGGUUCUACCGAGGAUACCUCAGAUCAGUCCAAACCCGAUACACCUGCACCUAAACCAUAUGUUUCCAAUGAUGACUUAUACCGUAGAUCAAGCCAGUACAAAUUGUGGUCAUACACUUCGGCUACGCUUCUCCAAAUUAGGCAGGAUGUGUAUAAGGAAGGGGUCAAGCUAGCAAAGGAAAGGCUCUCCGAGACCAAACAGAAUCUUAUUCGUGAUUCCACACCCGAGGUGGUGGAGCUUCUAAAGUCGCAUGAGUUCUCAGUGGAUUCGCUCUUGGACCCUCCCAAUUUAACUGAGGAGAAUAAAUUCCUUACCUACUACAGCAAGAUAUUGUUGAAUACCGGAGACUUCUUUCGAAUGCCUACCCAAGUAAAAGCCACAGCAGCACUGUUCUUCAAGAAGUUCUAUUUGAUAAACUCCGCGCUUGAAUACCACCCCAAGCUGGUCUUGUAUACCUGUUUGUUCCUUGCCGCGAAGCUGGAAAACUAUUUCAUGUCCAUAGAAUCAUUUGCUAGUAAAUUGCCAAAUACUGAACCUAAAGAUGUUCUUGAUUUGGAAUUCAUAGUAUUGAAAUCGCUCAAGUUUACUCUUUUGGUUCAUCAUCCUUUCAGGCCCUUAUAUGGGUUGUUCUUGGAUACACAGGCGGUGCUAUUAUACCCAUCUCCGAUGAUGUACGAUGUGAAUGUAGACACAUUGGGAGGUUUGUACGACAAAGCGAAGAAAUGGUUGGUCGACUAUGCUAUUAUCAGUGACGUAGAGCUAUUAUUUACACCUCCCCAAAUCGCUCUAGCAGCCAUGUACGAUACAGACAAGAGAAUAACAGACAAAUACUUGAAGAGGAAAUUCUCUGAUACCAACGAAUAUGACCAGUUGGUCCAUACCAUAGUUAAAUGCAUACGUAAAGCUAAAGACGUUGAGAUACCAAGCAAAGAUGAGCUGAAAUUGAUCGAUAAGAAGCUAUUUUUUGUGUUACACCCAGAAAGAUUACUUAAAAAGAAGACCAAGCAAGUCAAUAAUGCAGCUGCUCCCACUGAUGCUAUUCCCCAACCAACGUCAUCUAAUGAAAAUUCAACGGCCGUUGCAACACCUGUAACACCUGCUGCUCCAUUGAGUAUAUAG